AUGUCAGAACAAUUGUCACACCCAUCGAUCAAGGAUGGCUGGUUUGCAGAAAUCUCAGAAACUAUGUGGCCUGGCCAAGCCAUGUCUUUGAAAGUUGAAAAGGUUUUGCAUGUCGAGAAAUCCAAAUAUCAAGACGUUUUAGUCUUCAAGUCCGAAACUUAUGGUAAUGUUUUGGUGUUGGAUAACUGUAUUCAAGUUACCGAACGUGAUGAGUUUUCCUACCAAGAAAUGAUUACCCAUUUGGCUUUGAACUCCCACCCUAACCCAAAGAAGGCAUUGGUCAUUGGAGGUGGUGAUGGAGGUGUCUUGAGAGAAAUCUUGAAGCACGAAAGUAUCGAGGAGGCUUGGUUGUGUGACAUUGAUGAAACUGUUAUCGAAGUUUCCAAAAAAUACUUGCCUGAAAUGUCAAAGUCGUACAACGACCCAAGAACCAAAGUUCACAUUGGUGACGGUUUCAAGUUUUUGGAAGAAUACAAGAACCAAUUUGACGUUAUCAUCACCGACUCAUCCGACCCUGAAGGACCAGCAGAGAGCCUUUUCCAAAAACCAUACUUUCAAUUGUUGAAGGAAGCAUUGACUGAAAAGGGCGUUAUCACUACGCAAGCUGAAAACAUGUGGAUUCAUAUGGAUAUCAUUGCUAAGUUGAAGAAAGAUUGUGGGGAAAUCUUCCCAAUUGCAGAGUACGCCUACACCAUGAUUCCAACUUACCCAUCUGGCUCAAUUGGAUUUAUGGUAUGCUCAAAGGAUGCUAACGCCAAUGUUAGAAAGCCAAUCAGAUUCGAUUGGAGUGAUGACUUUGUCGCAAAGAAUUUGAAAUACUAUAACAAGGAGAUUCACGAAGCUUCCUUCAUCUUGCCAAACUGGGCUGACCAAAACCACUUCCUUGAAAAAUGGGCAUCGCAAGAAACGUAUCUGCUCGAGUUAUCGUCGCUUUCUUCUCCUGUAGCCAUGACGUUAACAAAAUAUGAGUGUACAUCUAGCGUGCACAGCUUCCUCAAAGAGUUGCCAAAAUGUGAACAUCAUCUUCACCUCGAAGGAACUUUAGAACCACAUUUAUUAUUCAAAUUGGCAAAAAGAAACCACAUUGAACUACCAGCAUCAUUUCCAUCAACAAUCGACAAAUGCAAGGCAAGAUAUGAUGACUUUGCCGAUUUGCAAGACUUUUUAGAUCACUAUUAUGUUGGAAUGAGCGUCUUGAUCACCGAACAGGACUUUUACGAUUUGGCAAUGGAUUACUUUGCAAAGGCAAAAGAGGAUGGGUGUUUACACUCGGAGGUAUUCUUUGACCCACAGGGCCACUUAGAAAGAGGGAUCGAGUUUGAUGUCGUAGUUUCAGGGUUCAAUCGCGCUUGUGAGGAUGCAAGAGCUCAGUUUGGAACUACUAACAAGUUGAUAAUGUGUUUGUUGAGACACUUGCCCAGCGCAGAUGGAAAGCAAGUUAUUGAAUCCGCUGGGAAGUACUACCAGGAAGGUAUCAUUCAUGGCUUGGGAUUGGAUUCAAGUGAGAAGCCCUUUCCUCCAGAGCUAUUUGAGGAAUGCUACUCGCUUUUGAAAGAGAAUCAUCCUCAUGUCGAGUUGACGGCCCAUGCUGGCGAGGAAGGUGAUCAUACAUAUGUUGAAAAGUCUUUGGAUACAUUGAAAGUGACUAGGAUCGAUCAUGGUGUCAACUCCAAACACUCGGAGUCGUUGAUGCAACGGUUGAAGGAGGAACAAAUUAUGCUUUCACUAUGCCCUUUAUCAAAUGUAAAGUUACAAGUAGUGCAAGACGUGGGGCAUUUGCCUAUUGACUUCUUUUUGGAAAAGGGGGUACCGUUUUCAAUAAACUCUGACGAUCCCGCCUAUUUUGGUGGGUACAUUUUGGACAACUAUCUUGCCGUGCACUCGAGGUUUGGAUUUACCUUAGAGCAAUGGAAACAGAUUAGUUUGAAUGGUAUAAAUGGAUCGUGGUGUGAGGAAAGUAGAAAGCAGGAGUUGAGAUUGCUUGUGGAAAAGGUCUGUGCAAAAUAUGCAGCACUUUUGUAG